AUGGCGACAUCUAAUCCAUCAGAUGAGUUCACUAUACUCACCCCGAAUGCCAUGCUUGGCUACGGAUAUGACUCGAAUCAUUUUUGGUACGGUAUCAACAAGUACAAGCCCAGCGCCAUAAUUGUCGACAGCGGCUCCACCGAUGGCGGGCCGUAUAAGCUCGGCAUGGGCAAGAUGACGUGCGGCCGCGGCUCCUACACGCGAGACCUCGAGCCCAUUCUCGCAGCAUGUUAUCACCAUAAGAUCAAAGUCCUGAUUGGCUCUGCCGGAGGUGACGGCAGCAACAAGCAUGUUGCUGAGAUGCUCGAUCUGGUCAAGGAAAUCACGGAAAGUAACGGAUAA